AUGGUGACCCUCAUGCCUUCUCAACUCAGCAGGGUCGGGAUACCUAUCCGCCCCGCCACGCAUCACCUCAACCACCAACGCGACCAGCCAGCAGCCGAGUUCAACAAGACACACAAGCACUCCCGCUCCUCCUAUUCGGAGUCGUCUCCCCUCGUUUCCCGCAACAACUCCCUCACUUUCCGCCCCCCUAAGCGCUUCAUGUCCUCACCCGACAAGACCAUUGCCGUCAUCAAUGCCAGCGGUCGGCAGGCUGCCUCCUUCAUCAGAGUCGCCACCGCCGUCGGAUACCACGUCCGCGCCCAGUUGCGCAACCUCGAAGGUGUGGUAGCCACUGAAGUGAACUCAAAUCCCAACGUGACCGUCCUCGUUGGCGAGCUUUACACGCGACACAAGCCCACACCCGACAACCGCGACGUCACCAAGAAUGGUCCCAUUUCCGGCGUAGGAGUGAACCAUGACCUCAUCAGCGACCUUUUCAGGGGCACGCAGCUAGCCUUCAUCAACACCACCUUCUAUGGCGAUGAGUUCCAGAUCGGCAAGGCGCUUGCCGACGCCGCCAAGAAGGCGAAUAUCCAGCACUACAUUUACUCAUCCAUGGCGGGAUCACUCAGCCUACAACUUGUCGAGGAGUACAUCCGCAAGAUUGAACUUCCUGCGACCUUUGUGUACACGGGUAUCUACAACAACAACUUCACGUCCUUGCAAUACCCUCUCUUCUGCAUGGAGCUGCAGACCGAUGGGUCCUUCCGCUGGGAAGCUCCAUUCCACGAAGAUGUCUUCGCCAAAGGUGUUGGUCGACCCGUCAAGUAUGUCAGGGCGCCUAUCCACCUCAAGGUGAAGAUUCCUACUGGGUAUCGAGAACAGCUCGAGGCUCUGGAAAAGCUCUUCGGUCUUGGCCACGAUGACCCCAAAAAGCAACCGCCAUACUUUGGCGACGCCGAGCUCGACGAUAGCUGCCCGGAGCAAUCCAUGGCGCUUUGGGAAGGGCCUCGGGGGCUGGAGGAAUACGCACGGGAGGUCUUCCCGCUCGAGGAGCAAGCCAAUGGUCUUACGUGGAUGCUUGACGAAGAGGAUUUGCAUGAAGAAGUGGCCCAGGGUCACACAAUUUCCCAGGAAAGGGUCGAUGAAGAGCGUGGAGAAGAAGAGGAGGAGGAAGACGACGAGGACGAGGGACUCGUAAUGAGAGGACUGAAGAGGGACGAAGAACAAUGGCUGGCCUAA